CCUCAUCCCAGUUGAUGGGCCAACAACCCAGUAUCCUUAUGAGUAAACUGAGUGUGUUAUCUACUCAUUCAGUCCUACCUGUUCUUCCGUUAAUUUGGUUCCAUGUCAAGUCUCGCUUCGUACUCUUCUCCUUCCUUUGGAACUUACGGAACAGCUACCCAUCCACGCGCCGCCCCAAUUCCCUCAAUUUCAUGCGGCGGCCCAAGGCCCAGGAAGAAGCAACCGAACCACAAUGCUGAAGCUCAAGAGCUGGUUCGUUUGCUCACGCGCAGGAUAAGCGACAAAGAGCCUAUCCUCAAGACUCUGAAUAAGUAUGUGACGCAGGUCAGAACCGAACAUUGCUUUUUGCUCUUUGAAGAACUCGGCAAGGAAGGCAACUGGCUCCAAUGUAUUGAGGUUUUCAGAUGGAUGCAAAAACAGCGAUGGUAUAUUGCUGAUAAUGGGAUAUACUCCAAACUGAUAUCAGUUAUGGGAAAGAGAGGGCAAACCAGAAUGGCUAUGUGGCUUUUCUCAGAGAUGCGUAAUACUGGAUGUCGUCCUGACACUUCUGUAUACAAUGCACUAAUCACGGCCCAUCUUCAUUCACGGGACAAAACAAAGGCUUUGUCCAAAGCCAUUGGCUACUUUCAGAAGAUGAAGGGAAUUGAGCGGUGUAAGCCAAACGUUGUUACAUACAACAUUCUUUUGAGAGCUUUUGCUCAGGCUCGUAACCUCGAGCAGGUCAAUUCUUUGUUUAAGGAUCUCGAUGAGAGCACAAUUUCACCGGAUGUUUACACUUUCAAUGGUGUGAUGGAUGCUUAUGGUAAAAAUGGGAUGAUUCGGGAAAUGGAAGCAAUACUUGCUCAAAUGAGAAGCAGUAAAUGUAAACCUGACUUGAUCACCUUUAACUUGCUCAUUGAUUCCUAUGGGAAGAAGCAGGAGUUUGGCAAGAUGGAGCAGGUAUUCAAGAGUUUGUUGUAUUCCAAGGAGAAACCAACACUGUCCACCUUCAAUUCAAUGAUUUUGAACUAUGGGAAGGCAAGACUCAAGAAUAAAGCAGAAGAGGUUUUCGAGAAGAUGAUUGACAUGGGUUACACCCCAAGCUUUGUUACCCAUGAGAGUCUCAUCUAUAUGUAUGGCCUCUGUGGUUGUGUUUCCAGUGCUGUACAAUUGUUUGAUAAGCUGGUGGAGUCAAAAGUUCAAAUAAAAGUUUCAACCUUAAAUACUAUGCUUGAUGUUUACUGCUUAAAUGGUUUACCUCAGGAAGCACAUUCACUGUUUGAGAGGGCAAAAAGUAUAAAAAUAUAUCCAUAUUCAUCAACAUAUAAACUUCUUUAUAAGGCUUACACUAAAGCAAAACAGAAGGAGCUUCUAGAUGAAUUGCUGAAGCAUAUGGAUAAAGAUGGUAUUAUCCCUAACAAGAGGUUUUUCUUGAAUGCUUUGGAUUCUGUACCAGCAAAUUCAGAAUCUGCUAAUGUUGCAACUGAUUCAAACACAGCAAAUUCGGAAUAUGCUAAUGUUGCAACUGAUUCAAACACAGUAAGUUCAGAAUCUGUUAAUGCCAACUCUGAUUCAAAUACGUCAAAUUCAGAAUCUGCUAAUGCCGCAACUGAUUCCAACAAAUCAAAUUCAAAAUCUACUAAUGCCAGCACUGAUUCAAACAACUCCCAAGAUUUUGCAAAGUUGGCAACCCACGUAAAGAACUUUUUAGCUCAUAGGUGACUAGCAUACAAUCAGCACUGUUCACCUAAGAUGGAAGUACAAAGAGAAAUUCUCAGUUGAUUGUUAGUGACUUGCUGGGGCAGAGCAAUAAGGUAGAGGCACUUGUGAAGAAAGGAGAUAGCUUGGGCUUUAAUUGUAUGAAAAGGAAAAAAGGGAGAUCAAAAAGGUCAAUGAAGGAAGUUGUUAAGAUUUCAUAGUUAUGUGAUUUAUUUGGUCUUUUAGCCAAGCCAAAUUACGUUAUGUGAUUUCUAUUUCCAACCUCAAAUAAUAAAACUUUGGUUAGUGAUGGUAGUUGACUACAACUAUCUAAAUAGUACAACAUCACACAUCUUUCAAACAUUAUAACUGUAUUGAAAAACAACUGACUAUAUGAAUGGGUACAUUUUUGUUCAUGGGUAACUUGCAACCAAUCCCAGAAGAACUGGCUUGCUGGUGGAAAGCAAUGAGUAAAUCUGUAACUAAACAAAAUUGAGUUUUUAUUAAUGUUAUUUUCGAUUCAUG